AUGUUCAAGCAUGGGGAUCUUUCAUUUUAAGACAAACUGAACCUUGAAUCAAAAACCUGAAGAUUGGAAUAUAGUUCCUGUUACUGAAUUUUUUGAUAAUWUCAUCGAUUAAGAUGCCUAACAACACCACAAAUUGUAGUAUUCUCGAUCUGGAUCAAUCAUUUCCUUUUCGAUCAAAAACAUCCGUGAUAAUAUUGUCGUUUUUCAUGGGACUUAUUAUYAUAUUAAGCGUAAGUGGAAACAUUUUACUGAUUUCUGCAAUCUUGAGAAGCCAACGUCUGCGUUCUGCCUUUGCGAACAAGUUAAUCACGAGCCUGGCGUUGUCCGACUUUUUAACUGCUGCUAUACCUCUUACAUAUCAGCUUGCCACGGUCAUCAACAUCAACCUUAUAAGUAAUGGAGGUCUUCUAUGUACUAUAGGCGGGCUUUCGGCGUACGCCUUCUUCUACGCUUCUCUGAUGACAAUGGUGAUGUUAAGCGCUGAUCGCUUCAUCGCUCUUGGAUUUCCGCUUCAAUACUCUCUUCGUAUGACGUUCAAAGUUCGGACAGCAAUGCUAUUGUACCCUUGGCUUCACACCGUCAUUUUCUGUGUUUUCUCUCUGACGUACACUGACAUCGAGUUCGAAUGGGAGAGCAUGGCUUGUGGGUUUUCGUGGGAUAAGGUGCCAAUGGGUUUUAGUCUCUAUUUACUGCUAGUUCACGUAUCUAUACCGUUUGUUCUUCUGUUUGUUCUUUGUUCGUGGACUGUACAUCUAGUUCGAGCGCAGAAUAAAGAGAUUUUACGACUGCAAGCGMGGGUGUCACCRGMGGAGGAAGACCGUUCGGACAGACAGAAAAAACURAGAGCUUCAAGGCGAGCUUCAGAAAAUAAGCUGGCGAAAAUCACCAUCGCCAUUGUGUUCAUCUUUUUAAUCAGUUGGAGCCCGUAUGUAGUUACCAGGGCUUUCAUCGCCUUCGUGGGCACGAAAUUCUCCACUGAUACCCUAACAGCAACAGCUUUGACUGUCUACAUCUCGCUGUUCUCAAAUCCCAUAAUUUAUUCUUCGCUUAGAACUGAUUUACGACGUCAAAUGCUUUGCUGUUUAGCGGAUUUUUAGAGCUGAGAUUUUCGCUCAUGAAAGAUGGCGGC